CCCAGGGCGCACAGGGAGCGAGUGCGGCUGCCAGUCCAAGCCCCCGCCAUCUACUCCCGAGCCCGAGCCUGCGGCCAGCUCGGCAGAGAUCCCACCAUCCACAAGGCCCAGCUGGUGGAGUGGAAGCCACGGGACCUGGGGAACCCAUUCUGGCUUUGCAGCUACUCUUAGUACCAUGGUUGAAUUUAACGAUCUGAAGAAGAAGGUUGGACUCCUUUUAGUGGUAAAUCUUGGUGCAUGGUUCCUAAUCUCCCUCAAAGGCCGUACUGAUAACUCACAGCAGACAUUCUGCUCACUUGAACUGGAAAAGAGCCAUUGAAAAGCAAGUCACUGAUGUGAAUUUUAACACCUUCAGAGCUUGGUGACCACGCCCCGUUGAUUCAGCCGACGAAGUGACUGAGAGGCUGCCCUUUGAAGCCCCCGAAGAUGGAGAAGACGGAUGCCAGAGACCAACCAUCAUCCCAAGGGGAUGGAGAAAAAGAGCCUCCGAAAAGCCACCCGUACUCGGUGGAGACGCCGUAUGGUUUCCACUUAGAUCUGGACUUCCUGAAGUAUGUGGAUGACAUCGAGAAAGGGAAUACCAUGAAGAGGAUUCACAUCCGCAGGAAGGCCAAGCAGCCCAAAUUCAGUACCCUGCCUCGGAACUUCAGUCUCCCCGACAGCGGCGCCAGGCCCCACGCAGCCCCACCCCACCAGACCUGGACCUCUUCGUUCUCGGGCCUGUCCACAAAGGGGUCAGAGGAAGCCCCUGGUGAUUCCACUCAGCCCGUGGCUGGCGGCGGUGAGAUCAGCUACAGGAAGAGAGUGCUACUGGCCGAGACCAUCCGCCAAGUGGAGGCCACCCCGCCUUCGGAGGCUGAGCUCGAUGGCGGGAGAGGGCGGCCCCAGCUGCUGAGGGCUUCCAGCAUGCCAGCGACCCUGCUGCAGCACAAGUUCUCGGACGAGCUGAGCCUCGGUUCCACCCUCCCCGAGCCCCCUCCCCUCCUGCAGCCCCCGGACGAGGGUGGUUUCUCGGACGGUGCCUUUGGCCCCGCGGAGGGAUUUUCAGAUCCCCACGGCUCCAGCCCACGAGCAUCCACUCAGCCUCCGGUGAAGGAGCUGGCAGGCCUGGUGCCGGUAGUUCCUGACCUCAUCCAGGACAGGCCUGAGCAUCGGGACCAGGGAGAGGAGCUGCAGAACCACAGUUGUCUCCCGGGCCAGUCUUCCUUUCCCCAGGAUCUGCCUGUGGUUUUGGAGAGCACGGAGGAAGAGCUGAAGGUAUCAGAAGUUGAGUCGGCGGCCACACCUGGGACCCCUACCCCGAGCCCUCCGCCUCUUCCGUCUCCCAUCCCAGAAAAUGAAUUCCCCCCUGAAAUAGAACUGAACAUCAGUGAAAUCCCACCUCCGCCUCCCGUGGAAAUGGAUGUCAGAAGUAUUGGGAUCAGGGUGACCGAAGAGAGCUUAGGUCUUGAGCCUUGGCGCUCAGACGCCGUGGGAGCCCGUCGUGUGUCUGCCCUCCAGCAGCGGCUUGUCGUCCUGGAAGGAGAACUGUCUAAGAGAACGGAGGAGCUAGAGAGGGUCAGGGUGGUCCUUCAGCAGCAAGGGGAUGAGAUGAGGAACAAAGAGCUAAGCAUUCAGAAACUCGUGGGCACCGUAGCUCAGCUGGAAAACCAGCUCAGCCAUAGAAAUGCCAAAGACACCCAUAACGAUGCCUGCGUGAACACUGACCCUGUCAGCGAGGCAUGUGACAAGGGCGUCCUGGUCAAUCUGCCUGUCAUAGUGGAAGCCAGCCCGUCAGUCACCCCCGGGCAAGGGUCACCGCUCCAGCUCCUUCCACGGGAGCCGGAUGCCUCCCCCCCCAACCCCCACCACAGCUAUCUCUCCACUGAGCUCAAGAUCGAGGAACGGGGCCCUGAUGAGGGGAGCGCCGAGGCUGCUGUCGGCGGAGGGGCGGGGGGCUCCCCAUCGAGCCUGGGUACCAACGGCUCCUCUCCAGGCACAGAGCAGCGAAGCCCCCCUCCGGACAUCACCAUUGGCCAGUAUGUGAAGAAGAUUCAGGAGCUCCUUCACGAGCAGUGGACCUGCCUGGAGCAUGGUUACCCCGAGCUGGCCAACGCCAUCAAGCAGCCCGCGUCCAAACUCAGCUCCAUUCAGAGCCAGCUCGUCAAUUCCCUGAACUUGCUGCUGUCUGCCUAUUCGGCACAGUCACCGCCAGAGCAGGAGGGCGCUGCCAGCAGACCCCCACCCCCGGGGAUCUCCCCAUCGACAAGCCUUAAAUCCAUCAUGAAAAAGCGAGACUAUGGCUUCCGUGCUGGAGGGAAUGGGACCAAAAAGAACCUUCAGUUUGUUGGGGUUAACGGUGGCUAUGAGACAACCUCCAGUGAAGAGACCAGCGGCGAAGACAGCGCCUCGGAGGGCUGUUCUGACAGUGAAGCAGACAGGAAGGGGGUUGGCCCUGAACACAAGCUGGGCAGAGCUGCAGAGCGAAGCCAGCAGAUGGCCCUGGGCACAGAGGAGAGUGCCAGGAGCAUGGGCCCAGAGAGCAGCCCCAGUGGGGGAGAAGUUGCUGCAGCUGGUACUCAUCACAAGUCUGAAAGAUAUAAGCCCUCAGAAGAAUUUCUGUCUGCAUGCCACCUGUUGAGCAAACAUCUGCCUGAAGUUUGGACCACACCUGACCGGCAAUUGAGGCAAAGCUUAAAUACUAUCAGUCAAGAGUGGUUCCGCAUCUCAAGCCGGAAAUCUUCCAGCCCCUCCAUCGUUGCAGCCUAUCUCAGUGAGUUCCAGCCCAGUGACCCCGACUUCCUGAAGCUGCUUGUCAACUUAGCAGAUGACAACGGGAACACGGCUCUCCACUACAGUGUUUCCCACUCCAACUUCCCCAUCGUUAAACUGCUGCUCGACACAGGUGUGUGUGACGUGGACCACCAGAACAAGGCCGGGUACACGGCCGUGAUGAUCACUCCCCUGGCCUCGGCAGAGACCGACGAAGACAUGGACGUGGUUGGGAAACUGUUGAGACAAGGAAAUGUGAACAUCCAGGCGGCUCAGGGAGGUCAGACUGCGCUGAUGCUGGGGGUGAGCCACGAUAGGGGGGACAUGGUAAAGGCCCUGCUGACCUGUCGCGCCGACGUCAACCUUCAGGACAAUGAUGGGACAACGGCCCUCAUGGUGGCGGCUCGCCAUGGCAACACGGACAUGGUGAAACUCCUCCUGACUCAUCCAGGCUGUGAUGCCACGUUGACGGACAAGGCUGGCCACACGGCCUUGUCCAUGGCCCUGACGUCACCCGCCCACGGGGAAAUUGCUGAACUCCUGUGGGCCCACGCAGAGCAGGGCAGGUCCCCUGGGCCGUAGAAGAGUUCAAGAGAAGCUGCACCCCGGAACAAAAGGAUCGUUGUCGGACUCCUCCAUCCCAGCCGUGGGGGGAGAUGGUGGGGGACAAGCUGUAAUGGAACGACUCCUUCCCCAGCUUCUGGAGGGGAAGAAUUAUGUCAGCUAUGCCUCCCCAUUCCUGAUGUAUCAUUCUGCUUGUAGGGCGCUUUGUAGUCGUCACAAAACCUGGCCCCAUCGAGGGCAGGGGCUGCAGGACCCUGACAGGGCAUCGGCCCUUCAGUUCCGUUUAUUGUCGUUUUUUAACACGUUGCUAUUUACUCUGUAUCCCUUAUUAGCACAAAGGAUCUCUAAGGCAAGCCGCAAGAGCACAUUAGCAAAGCAAUACUUUUUAUAUGA